CGCAGGUAGAACUUGGAGACGAACAAAACCAUUAGAAUGGUUCUCGACUCAAACCGUAUCUUCAAAAAAAGUGCGGCAGAUGGUAGUGUCACCAUCUACCUUGGGAAAAGAGAUUUUGUUGAUCAUUUUACUCAUACUGAACCGAUAGAAGGCAUUGUUCUCAUAGAUCCAACAUCUGUGGAAAACAAAAAUGUUUAUGUGGGAAUAAUUGCGAUAGUUCGUUAUGGUCGUGAAGAAGAUGAAAUACUUGGGAUGAGUUUUUCUCGAGAACUAUAUCUAUCUCACAAGCAGAUUUAUCCACGUGUGGAUGCACCUACUGAAACCCCUAACGACAAUACCGAACAACAGAAAUUAAGUGACGGAUGGCUUUAUGAACAAAUUCUUCAAAAAUUGGGAACAAACGCAUUACCUUUCCGUCUUGUUCUACCAUGUACUACACCUAUAUCUGUAAUCAUGCUGCCGCAAGGAGCAGACACUACAGAUACGUGUGGCGUCCGAUAUUAUGUUCGUUGUUACGUCGCUUCUAAUCCAACGGAAAAGCCAUCUAGCCGAAAUCUGGUAAACUUGGCCAUAAGAAAGAUCCAAUACGCUCCUUUGUGGCCAUUGAUUGGACAACCAUCUGGGUCGACCUACAAAGACUUUCCUCUUAGUUCAGGAAAGAUUUUCCUUGAAGCUACACUGGAUAAAAAACUCUAUUAUCAUGGGGAAGAAAUCAACUUGAAUGUCCUCGUACAAAACUAUUCACAUAAAACUGUCAAGCAUGUCAAAGUUUCAGAAAACUGCCCCAUACUACCUGGAAGUACGUACCAUAAGAGGUUUGACCUUCUUCCUGACAUUUCGAACAACAGGGGAAAGUAUGGUAUCUUUACAAAUCGUUGUAGUUGGGUGGAAGAUGAAAAUCUAGCUUCAAGUGUGAUGAUCCCUGAGAAAGAUGUGCAGGAUUUUUUCGGGAUUCUGAUAUCUUAUCAAAUAAAAGUCAAGUUGUAUGUCGGAUCCCUGAGCCCACUACCUGGAAGUGACGUCAGUAUAGUUUUACCCUUUCUUCUGAUGCAUCGUAACCCAGCCAGCACACAAAAUAUUGACAUUUUGCAUUCGGAUCACAGCUCACCUAUUAUGCUGGUUAACUCAACCAUCUAUAAGAAAACUGAUCCUAAAAAGGACAAAGCCAACAAGUACACUUGCACUGAAGAUAUCAUCUUUGACGACCUUGCCCAAGUCCGAGUCCACCACGUUCCACUUAUCAUGUAAUUUGUUAUUAAACAAGGAAGCCACUUGGGGAAUCGUUCAGUUAUUCAUACAGUAUUAAUCUCUACUAACUAACUGUUUUAUUUGAAUGAUUUAGGUAUGUGUUUCUUGUAUGUAACGCUAUUGUAAAUGAA